GCUGUUUUACAAGCGAACGACGUAUAACUUUCUUGCAAUCGUGAACUGCUAACUAUUUGCAUGUUGCGUUAGUAACAGGGUGGGGCUGCAUAGAGCUCUUAAUGUUUAUUUAUUAUAACAAGAACUAAGGAGCCUCCAACAAAUCAACCCCCGCUAGGAUAGUAAACUCGACGUAAAUCAACUUUAACCAUUAUUUGAAAUUACGUUAAACCAAUCAAUUCAUGGAGCAAAUUUCUACUGUGUCUGGCAACGCCAACCCUGCUACAGUUUCUGCCAAAAGGGGGACGCAACAAGGUCGCAAAAAGUCUGGGCCCAAGUUCGAACUAUCUGAUGCCCAAAAAUCCGACAUUAAGGAGGCCUUUGAUCUAUUUGACAACGAAGGCACGGGCUACAUUGAGGUAAAGGAACUUAAGGUGGCGAUUAGGGCUCUGGGAUUCGAGCCAAAAAAAGAGGAGAUUAAAAGGAUGAUUUCCGACAUAGACAAGGAUUGCAGCGGACGUAUUGCAUUUAACGUCUUUCUGCAACUAAUGACUAUAAAGAUGGCUGAAAAGGAUACUAAGGAAGAGAUACUUAAAGCUUUUCGGCUUUUCGAUGACGACGAGACUGGAAAAAUCUCCUUUAGAAAUCUAAAGAGGGUAGCUCGCGAACUUGGUGAAACACUGACCGACGAGGAACUACGAGAGAUGAUAGACGAAGCCGAUUUGGACAAUGACGGAGAGGUAAAUCAAGACGAAUUUCUGCGAAUCAUGAAGAAGACCAGUUUGUAUUAAAAAGCUAUAUCAUAGCUGUAUUUGAAUAUAUUUCGUGUUUUUCUGCCCAUGAAACAUGCAAGACAUGUGGAUUUACACUUUAAACAACAAAGAAUAAUUCACAAAAUAAUUUGCAGUUCUAGUCAUUAAUUAUUAAUGAGCUAGUUUGAUAGAUAAUUUGUAAUUAUACAUAUGAAUACUAACAGCAAACAAAUUUGUCAUCUUGUUUUGAAUAUAAAAAAAAAUACUUCUUCCCUAGGUAUGAUAAAGAAACGCAGCAAAAUCAAAUCACUUGUGCAAACAUUUCUGAUAUCAAAUUCCCUGACGAUAAAUAGUAACAUUUAAAAUAAAAUGUAUAAGAAAUAA